AACGGAUACUGUGUUUGAUUUCCAUCCCGCUGUUGUUUGAAACUUUGAGGGUCGCUAGUUAUGGAGCGGCAGAGGUAGGAUAAGGUGUGUCCGCUGUUGACGGCCUCUUGCUAUUCCAACGUAGUGGUGAUUGAGGGACACUUAUGCUCCGGGAAAAGAAAACGGGUAGAUUGCACAGUAUCAUAGCCAGAGAGAAGGACCUAAGGCAGUCGACGGUUUCCCUCGCUAGUUAUUUAACUAGUUACUAUUUCAAUAAAUAUUUAAAAGAGCCUCAGCCAAGCCAUCCAUCCACCAACCACCGACUGCCAACUGCUAGUUAAAUAACAUAUCUGCCAACGUCCGCCCACCGCCAAAGCCUUUCCGCACCACCCAACGCCUGUGUCAGCUCUCUCCAGCUUUUCGCAUCCUACGUUCUCUCAGACUGACGACCCCUCGACUCCUAUCUACCGCUUUUGCUCCUGUUUUCUCUCGCCGCCUCGACGCCCAUAUAGCUCUCCAUGCCGCAUCGCUCCUAUUGGCUCGUUUAUAUAAGCUAGCUAGCCCAUCCAGCCCUCGCACAUUUUGUCAUCCGCCUGCAUACACAUGCGCGACUGCUGCUACUUUCGUUAGAAGAAGGCAUUUCCAGACCAGCUACUCCAGGACACCUUUUAUGGUCGGAUAGCGGGAUAUCGUUCAUAUCGGGAAUACACUCGGGUUGUGCGCGAGCUAUCCUCCAGUUCUGACGUAAAUAUUCACGAAUACGGAAACCAGCCGUGCAAAGUCAAUAUAAAACCGCCCACCCUCUCUUGAAAAACAUAAACAACAUCCAUCAUGUCUGGCGAAGCGUGGCUCUACUUGUUGGCGGUACUGUUAAAUGCCGUCAACCUCUUUCUACAAGUUUUCUUCACGAUUAUGUAUAGCGACUUGGAAUGUGAUUACAUCAACCCCAUUGACCUUUGCAACCGACUCAACGCCUAUAUCGUCCCAGAAGCCGCCGUUCAUGCAGUCCUAACGAUCCUCUUCGUUGUUAAUGGAUACUGGCUGGCCAUAAUUCUCAACCUCCCCCUUCUGGCAUUCAAUGCGAAGAAGAUAUUCGAUAACCAGCAUCUUUUGGAUGCUACGGAGAUUUUCCGAAAGCUUAAUGUGCACAAGAAGGAAUCAUUUAUCAAACUCGGAUUUCACCUUAUCAUGUUCUUCUUCUACCUCUACAGUAUGAUCGUCGCCCUAAUCAGAGACGAUCCACAUUGACUACGUGAGAAAACGGCAAACGCGAUGCGGGAUGGUCGUCCGGCUGGUUUGUAAUCCCACAGCUACCAGAAGCUGAACCCCGAGGUCAACGAGUAAUUCGAGCCGACCAACUUCGAAAUCCAGAAUAGAAGGGUGGACAUUUGUUCGUAGAAUAAUAGUCCAUCCCACGCCAUCCUUAAAACCCCAAUAUUUGAGUUUCCAUGUGCUUUUUUUUCUUCUCUUUUUUCUUCUCUUUUGCGAGCCGCGUUUGUUGAUAGAGUUGACUGUGUUCGGAAAUGGUUUCAUUUUGUUUUAUGUCUUUCCUUACAUUGGGAGGGUUUAUUUUCCCUAUAUGAUACGCCUUAGGAGAUGAGAAACGAUUCUGUAAUAGUGCUUAUGUUUUGCUACUUGUCAUUUCCAACGUUUAUUUCCUGUUUGUCUUUCUCCUUAACGUUGGGUUGACGGGUAUGAAAAGAGUGAUGUAUGAGAUAGGCGGGCACGAAGGGUGCGAAAUUCGAGGUAUAUUUGAGAGCGGGUGCUGGGAGUCUACAUAUGUUUUCUUAUCCCUAAUAUCCUGCCAAUCCUUGUGUAUACAUACUUAAACUUAUAAUGAAGAGCGUAAGAUACACGCUCAUUUCCCUUGCAUUUUCUGAUAUAAGGCACCUGCGAGGGCGUUGUUGUUCUGUUGCUUAAAUAACUAGCAUUCUGCACUAUUAAAACGUACUAGGUGACAGAUAUUACAAUAUAAGUAAAUUAUUUUCCGUCAUUCCCA